AGUUAAUCCCAACCCCAAGCCGAGGCAACUUCGUGCCUUUGUUACACCCUUGGCUUUUACAUUGCAUUACAUUGUCCAUCACAUAUAUGACUGGGUACAGACUGGGCUUCCUACGGACCUAUCUAGGGUUGUAUUUAAUCGUCGAGAUGUAUUAUAAAUUAAUAGCUACCUACCUAACCUAACCUAAAAGUACUAUUCUCUUUUCAACUUCAUUUUGAUUUACCUUUUAUUACCUUCGUUACUCCAUUCGUUCACCUCAUCGCAGCAUAAGGUUACCGUCGUUACAUAAAGGGAGUAGGUAUCCUCAACAUCGAAGACAACAUCAGAGACACUGCACUGCACUGCACUGCAUAACACCGAAAGCAUUCGCGAUGCCUGUUCCACCGUCUCAGUACCUCAGCAACGUGUGGAAAGAGGGAAUAUUCGAUGGCCGCGUCGUGUUCGUGACCGGCGGUGCUGGUACCAUCUGCAGUGCCCAGACGCGAGCUCUAGUGUAUCUCGGAGCUAACGCGUGCAUUAUCGGCCGUAACCAGCAGAAGACGGAAGCCGUCGCUAACGACAUCGCUACCGCGCGGAAGGGCGCAAAGGUUAUCGGCAUUGGUGGAUGCGACGUCAGGAACCCCGAAAACCUGGUCAAGGCUGCCGAAAGAUGUGUGAAGGAACUCGGUGCUAUUGACUUUGUCAUAGCCGGUGCAGCGGGAAACUUUGUGUCUCCUAUUUCGGGCCUCUCAUCCAACGGUUUCAAGACCGUCAUGGAUAUCGACGUCCUGGGGACGUACAACACCGUCAAGGCCACCAUCCCCUACCUUGUCGAAUCCGCUGCCAGGAACAAGUCCAACGAGAACGGAUUGACCGGCGGAAGGAUCAUCUACGUCUCGGCCACCUUCCAUUACACGGGCAUGCCCAUGCAAGCCCACGUGAUGGCCGCCAAAGCUUCCGUCGACUCCAUCAUGGCGUCCGUGGCCAUCGAGUACGGCCCCUACGGCGUGACCUCCAACGUCAUCGCCCCCGGCGGCAUCGACGGGACCGAGGGGAUGUUGAGGCUCGCGGGUAAGGCCGCCGAGGGGAAGAACGCCGCAGCAGGUAUUCCGCUGGGCCGGUGGGGCUCGAUCAAGGAUAUCGCCGACGCCACCGUCUACCUCUUCAGCGACGCGGGUAAUUACGUGACCGGAGAAGUCCUCGUCGUAGACGGCGGCGAUUGGAGGAACGGGGGCAUGGGCGUCGGUCUCGAUUCCGGCAUGAAAUACCCGGACUUCCUACUGACGGGCGAGUUUUCGAAGCAUGUCAAAAGCGGGAGGAAGGAUAAGUCUAAGCUCUGAACAGUUGGAACUUGUUUGGUUUUCGGGUUUUCAGCGGAAAUAAGCGUUCUCGGUACAUUCAACUCUAAAAGGGAAUUUGUCUAUAUCAUACGUGAAUAGCUCUGAGGGUUGAGCCAUAAGACUCGAAGAAAGUAGUAUUUCUACGAGGUUUCCUUACGUCUUUAUUGAGGGGCGCGCUAGGCACGGCAUAUUGUAUUUAUGGUGCCUGUUUAAUAAGUGCAAAGUGAGCGUUAUAAAUUGUAUUAAGCAAGUCUCAAGCACGGAUCUUAUUAAGUUUCUAGAUUGAAAUUUAUCAAGUAAGCUGGAAAUUGGAAUGUCUCUUAAAGAAGGUAAAGUAUUCCAAUGACUAAAUGUACUGAUUUCUAGAAUGUGA